CGCGGUGCAAUCUCUUGUGGAUUCGUUCGUUCGCUCGUUCGCUAGUUCCUACGCCCGGUCGUUCCUACGUUCCUUUCCAUAUGGCGAGCUUGGACGGCAAGGGCAAAAAGAAACGCUCACCGCGGAUGGCGGGCAACGGCAGCGGCCGCUUCGUCAGGGUGACUUGUGCGCCCGCUCCGGGGGCUGUCGAAGUUGGGCUCCUGCUGACCUUCUGCGUCGUGGGACUGUAUCUGUACGGAUUCUACGAAGUCGUCGGAGCGUUACCAAAUAUUCCGUCACCGCCCAAUUGGCGCUCUCAUUUGGGAGAAAACAUCAAUCUCGCCCGCAACGAAUGGAACGACGCACAGCGCGCCGCGUCUCCGAUCGACACUCCGUUGGAUCCCACCAUUCCACUAGCGCGAUGGCCCGUCAGUCUACGCGACGAACCGAACAAUGUGGAAACCUUGCUACACACGGGUGACGGUACCACACAAAUGUCGGUGCCCCGGUUCUGGUCCAAGCCCAUCCAUCAGGAUACCCUCAUGACCCGCGCCACCGCCAUGCGCGUCGGUUCCUGUAUCCAACCGGACGCUCACGGCAACCACGCCCGUGGUGAAUCCUGUCCAACCGCACAGCGUACGAUUUUUGUAGCCAUUGCGUCCUACCGCGACUUUGAAUGCCGGAGUACGGUGGAGUCCAUUUUCACCCGCGCCGCACAUCCCGAACGCAUCCGCGUCGCCGUCGUGGAUCAGAUCGUGCACGGAGAAGACGUCCUCUGCGAUGCUCCCAUUCAACCCUGUGAUACUCAUCCAGAACAAGCACUCUGCCAAUACAAGAACCAACUGGACGUUUACGAGAUGGCGGCGGAAUUAUCCGUUGGACCGGUCUUCGCCCGGCACAUUGGCCAUCGUAUGUAUCGCGGUGAAUACUACGCCACACAAUCGGAUGCUCACGUUACGUACACACAAAAUUGGGACGCCGAUAUAAUCACGCAAUUGGAAGCGACCGGUAACGAAUUGGCGGUCUUGACGACCUACCUGACGGAUGUCCAAGGCUCGAUUGACAAGAACGGCAAAUCCUUGCGGAAUACCCGCCCCAUCAUGUGCAACACCGCCUACGAAGGCGGCGCCCAAGGGAUGCAUCUGCGACACGGUUCGCAACCGGAAAAGCGGCCGUCUAUUCACGGAAUGCCACAACUUCAACCAUGGUGGGCCGCGGGCUACUCUUUUUCGCGCGGUCAUUUUGUGGUUAAUGUUCCCUACGAUCCCUACCAACCCAUGAUCUUUCAAGGAGAGGAAAUGUCCAUUGGUAUUCGUGGCUUUACAAUUGGGUACGAUUACUACGCACCCGAACGCAGCGUGUGUUUUCACCAUUACGCGGUGGGUGACAAUGCCAAAAUUCGUAACAAGGUCCAUCAUUUUUGGGAGAACGACAACAAGUACGCUGGGACGGGCAAGAAGGCGAUGAAACGUUUAUUGGGCAUCGUCCACAUGAAUCCCGAAGUAGAUCCCAAGACCUGGAACCAUGCAGAGCUCGACAUGUAUGGGGUGGGCCUGGUCCGGACUCCCGAAAAGUUCUACGAACUGUUUGGAAUUGACGUCGUCCAACAGACUACCGAAAAGCACUUGUGCAGAUUUGUCGAUGGCGAUACCGGGAAAAUGCACAAGCUUUUUCAUGAUCAGCAUUUACGAAGAGACGGCAUGGGUAUUGAUUAUGCCGACAUUGAUUACAAAUUUGUGGAUCCCAAUCCCAAUGAAUAGAAAAAUAUGUUAUGGUAUCGUU